GCGGCGCUCGGCGCCGUGGCCGCGCUUCCCUGGCUUUUCGGCUCACCUGGGUUGGCGGCGGCUGCCUGCCUCCGGCUCGUGCGGUUUCCGCCACGGCCAGGGCGCUGUUCCCCGGCUCCCUGAGCUCAGCGCGAAGCCCUGGCCCCGGCGGCCGGGGCAUGGGCCAGGGUCGCGGCGUGAGGCGGCUUUCUGCACGGCCGUGACGUGCACCGCGCCGGCUUCAGCAUGAAGACCCUCAUCGCCGCCUACUCCGGAGUCCUGCGGGGUGAGCGUCGGGCCGAAGCUGCCCGCAGCGAGAACAAGAAUGGAGGAUCUGCCCUGUCACGCGAGGGGUCUGGGCGAUGGGGCACUGGCUCCAGCAUCCUGUCAGCCCUCCAAGACAUCUUCUCUGUCACCUGGCUCAACAGGUCCAAGGUGGAAAAGCAGCUACAGGUCAUCUCAGUACUACAGUGGGUCCUGUCCUUCCUGGUGCUAGGAGUGGCCUGUAGUGUCAUCCUCAUGUACACCUUUUGCACUGACUGCUGGCUGAUAGCUGUGCUCUAUUUCACCUGGCUGGCUUUUGACUGGAACACGCCCAAGAAAGGUGGCAGGAGAUCACAGUGGGUGCGAAACUGGGCUGUGUGGCGCUAUUUUCGAGACUACUUUCCCAUCCAGCUGGUGAAGACACACAACCUGCUGACCACCAGGAACUAUAUCUUUGGAUACCAUCCCCAUGGCAUCAUGGGCCUGGGUGCCUUCUGUAACUUCAGCACAGAGGCUACCGAAGUUAGCAAAAAGUUCCCAGGCAUAAGGCCCUACUUGGCGACAUUGGCUGGUAACUUCCGGAUGCCUGUGCUUCGGGAGUACUUGAUGUCUGGAGGCAUCUGCCCUGUCAACCGAGACACCAUAGACUACUUGCUUUCAAAGAAUGGGAGUGGCAAUGCAAUCAUCAUUGUGGUGGGAGGUGCAGCUGAGUCCCUAAGUUCCAUGCCUGGCAAGAACGCAGUCACCCUGCGGAACCGCAAAGGCUUUGUGAAACUGGCCCUGCGCCAUGGAGCUGAUCUGGUUCCCACUUAUUCCUUUGGAGAGAAUGAGGUAUACAAGCAGGUGAUCUUUGAGGAGGGUUCCUGGGGCCGAUGGGUCCAGAAGAAGUUCCAGAAGUAUAUUGGUUUUGCCCCAUGCAUCUUCCAUGGCCGAGGCCUCUUCUCCUCUGACACCUGGGGGCUGGUGCCCUACUCCAAGCCUAUCACUACUGUUGUGGGUGAGCCUAUCACCAUCCCCAAGCUGGAGCACCCAACCCAAAAGGACAUCGACCUGUACCACGCCAUGUACAUGGAGGCCCUGGUGAAGCUCUUUGACAAUCACAAGACCAAAUUCGGCCUUCCAGAGACAGAGGUGUUGGAGGUGAACUGACCCAGCCCGUGAGGGCCGGCUCCUGGAAGGAACGGCUGCAAAUCCUUUUCUACCAAGUUCUCAAGUGCAUUUUGUCCUGUAAAUUUGGAAGCGUCAUGGGUGUCCGUGGGUUAUUUAAAAGAAAUUAUAAUUUGUUAAACCAUUGCAAUGUUAGGUCUUUUUUAAGAAGGGACAAGUCAGUAUUUUAAGCUCUCACUUCUAGUGUGUCCUGCUCAAGGUGGUAGCUGACAUUUCUGGUUUCUGACAAGAUGGUUUCUUUAUCCACCCCUUUUAGGGUUCCCCAAACAACAGACACCUGGCCCUGGUUAACUGGGGAAGGACAGCCGUUAUGACUCAGCCACUUAGAUAAUCCUCUUUGCUCCAUGGAUUCUCAAGAGGCAGAGGCCACGUUUAACAAACAUCUCCAUUCCCACCACCCCACAUGCGACUACCGGUCUGGUCUUUCUUGCCAAGGGGAGAUUGCAGAGGUCAGAGCUGGCCCCAUUUAGGGAAGGUGGUAGAUAGCAUCUGGAAUGCACAGCUUGAGUCUCCUCUCUGCUCCUCACCCCACCCCUUUUCUCCAAUCUGAGCCUACACUGGCCUCCUGUAUACUGUGCUAGGGACAAGGAUGUCCCACAGGUACCGUCUUGAGUUGGCUGGCUGCUGUUGGCUGGUUUUAGUUAGCACAGCUCAGCCUUGGUUUGGAGUGUGUUCUGCCAGUCACCUGAGCUCUCCUGAGCCACACCACAAGUCUGGUGUGAGGAAGGGUCUCUCUUCUGUGCAGCACACUGGGUCCAGGACAGGAGGCCCACUUACCCAAGCCUCACAUGUGUGCCUUCCUUAGGCAUUGGGCUGGGGAAGAAAGCCAACACCUCCUGUGUAUUCUGUUUUCUCUCCAUGAGAUUGUUGUGCCAUGUCACACUUUUGUAUAUUCUUAGACUAAUAAAUGGAAACAUGAACUGCC